GCAGGCUCCACCCCACUUCACUACCGCAACACUACGCUCCUCCUACCCGAACUUCAGGUACAAAACUAGCUCGGAUACUCCGGGUGGCAAAGCAUUGUUGGAACUGCAAUAGGCAGAGAUGUCUUCAAAUUAUGCCAGGCGUAUGGCACGCCUGAGUGCACGUAUCUUUGGUGAUGUCUACAAACCAACAUCAUCUCAGUCAAUGAAGGUAGUACAAAUGAUGAGAGAACAACCAAGAGAAAUGAGGAAAAAUAUUGUCGAUUACUAUCCACCACAUAUGGAGGCGUUUAAGUUGAUGAACUACCUCAGAUAUAUUGGACUAUACAGAGAUGAGCAUGCAGACUUCAGAGAUGAAAUGAAGCGGGUUCAGGCAAUGAAAGGAAAAGCUCCACCAAAGAAAGGAGAAGGAAAGAGGGCUAUGAAAAGGAAAUGAUGUAAUUUUUCUAAUGAUGAUAAGACUGAAUAAACUCCAAAGAUGGAUGGAUAAUUCUUCGAGAGAGAGAGAAGGGAGCUAUGUAACAUAAAUCAGUGUA